ACUGUUUUCUGAUUGGUCCAGUUAACUUGACGUCACUUCCUGAACGAAGUAGAGUCCCGUAUGUUUGAAAAAUCGAGAUCCUUCCUCGGGAGCUGGUUAGUCAUUUGGCUGCUGCUGACAGUAUUCAGGUCAGCUAUGUCUAACGAAGAGCUCAUUUCUGUGGAUUAUGAGGUUUUUGGCAGAGUGCAAGGUGUAUUUUUUCGGAAAUACACCCAAGCAGAAGGGAGGAAGCUUGGCCUGGUUGGAUGGGUCCAAAACACACGGGCAGGAACUGUUCAGGGGCAACUCCAAGGUCCAAGCAGCAGGGUGAAAGAAAUGCAAGAAUGGCUGAAAUCCACCGGGAGCCCCCAGUCAAACAUAACAAAGGCCGAGUUCAAGAACGAGAAAGUAGUCGAUAGCCUAGAACACUCAUCUUUUAACAUAGUGAAAUGAAAUCACCCAUAUGUUGUGCCUGUAAUAUUAACUCGUAAGCAGAUGUUUUAUUUAUUUAGUUUUAUUUUGUAUUGGUUGAAAGGCAGCUUGAGCAUUGACUUGAAAAGAUGUGUUUAUGUUACAUAUCACAAUAUAUAGAAUGACAUGAAAUAAAUAGAAAAUUCUUUUCAGCCCUCUUAACAUUGUUGGAAUUUUAUUGUAGGAUUAGCAAUAAGGGAAUAAUUUAUGAUUUGACCACGUAAUUUAACAGAGACUGUUAACAGAUUGUGACAUUUGCAAACAAACCACAGUCCAGCAGACAUCCUGCUGAGCAAACGGGCAAUGAUGUGACCUUGAAAUCUGUCGGAGCCGUCUUCAUGAGCUCCAGAGUCAGAGUGGAGCCUGAAGAACGACUAAAGCUGAUGAUGAAAUGCUCCUCAGUAUGUUGCUUCUCUCCCUUGAAAAGGACUGAACUCUGCGGGUGGCUUUGGAGAAACACUGGCAAUAUAUACUCUG